AUGGCUGCUGAGACCAGAGAUACGCCCGCAGUUAUCGAGGGCACUGCUGCUCCAGCUCCGCCUACCAUCGACUUGCCCGUCCGCACGAAGCAAGAUGCUGUGCUACCUACUGGUCAGGCACUGACCGGAAAGCAAGAACACUACCUCAAGAGAGAACUUAUAUCUGAGCAGGUAAAGUGGGAGAUCAACGAACUCAAUUCCACAACGGCGCUGCAACGUUUCGGCGCACCAUUUCGAUCCGACCAAGGCGAAGUCCCUCCCGAAGAGUCCGAACUACCUAUCUUGAGAUACAUCUUCGUCCAUCAUGUUCGCGACUUUCCUUUCCUGGACAAGGCGCGCGAGAAGGAGUUUUGGCAGGACAAACUCCAGGUGUUCCUCGAGUCCUUCGCAGGAAAGCAAAUUUCGUCUUCGGAAGAUCGCUUGGAGGAGACAAAGAGACGAAAGCUUGCCAUCAAGGCUAGGAAACUUGUUGAGCUUAUGAUGGUCUCCGGAAUUGGAACAUCAUCAGGAUUCGAAGAGCGCAUUCGGUUUUCCGAGAUUGAGAUUGUCGAUAGCAAUGCCAUCGAGACAGGUGUGAUGCAUACGAUGCCCGAGGGAAACUAUAUCAAUGGCUGGGAUGUCAACGUUGCCGGCGUGAGAGUCACCCAGGUCAAGCACACCAUCCGGAAGCACAAACAUGCCGAGUUUAUCUUGCGUAUCAAGAAGAAGGGAGAACUGGAACAUUUUGUUGGACGAAGGUACAGCGACUUUGCGAAACUCCACAGCCGACUACGUACAGAACUUCCCGGCCGUGUGAUACCCGAAAUGCCCAAGAAGAACAAGUCCGACACAACGACAACAAUCGCUUUCACAUCCAUGUUCAGCAAUGGAAACGACUCGGAUGCUUCCUCCAUCUCAUCUGUCUCGACGAGGCCGAAUGGUUAUACGUCCAUGUUGUCGCCAGGUCACCGCAAGACAGACUCUUCUGCCUCGUUCCGAUCAAAUCGAUCAAAAGGACUCAGCUCUCCAAGGCUCCCGUCUCCUCGGGUGUCAACUGAGGGGGGAAGAUUGAGUCCGGCUAUCCGACAGGACUCUGAUAAAUCAGAUCAGUCAGAUCAAACCGUCGUUUUGUGGCGUGAGAACCAGAGAAUCUCACUGAGGGCGUUCCUGCGAUCUCUACUACAUAACCCCCAGUUUGCCAACACCAAUGCUAUGCAAGAAUUCCUGAGCGGCGAGCCCAUUACCCCAACGGACGAUGAUGUUGAGGAUAUCAUUCGCAGGAAGGCUCUGGAUGAGAAGCGCAUGCAAGAGCAAAAGCAAUUCUAUGAAAUCGCGAGGAAGCGAGCUGCCGAACUUGACGAGUACAUGGAACAGUUCCGCCGCGACAUCGUGGAGCGCAACGGACUUACUAUGCUGUUCCAGGAAAUAAAGGAAAAGGAGACCAUUCAGGAUCUUAGCAUCCAGUAUCGAAAGUUUGCCGAGUGGCUUCGUAUCGAGAUUGCCGCCGUCAUCUAUCAUCUUUUCCUUGCCGAAGACAACUCCCCUGAGCUUUUCGCCCAGGCCAGACGCAUUCACUCUCUUAUCCCAUACUCAGUCAUCAAGAACGUUAUUAGGAUCGCAAACCCAGCGGCCGUUAUGUCAGGCGUUCUCGAUAUCUUUCUGGCUCAACCAUUUGGUACACGAUCGUUGAUGCAGAGGAUCUUUUCACUGACACUGAACGAUGGAAUCAAGAGCUUCCAAAAAUCGAUCGAUAUUCUCGCCACCAAGAUCGACGACCCUGUCUUCUCACAAAAGCUUUACAAGUACACACACGCGGAGGAGCAUAUCAAGAUUGCCAUUCGUGAGGAGGCCGAGGCCGACGAUGUGGACAUUAUUGUCGCUGUUAUGAGGUCUGAUCUCAUUGAGCCAGGACUUACAGGGGAGCAAAUCCAACGACUCUACAAUGCAUAUGUCGCUUUCAACAAUGCGGUGGAGAACGUUGAUGAAGAGCUACGCCAGGGAGCUCAGCUAUUCUCGUACAUGAAGCAGUACUUGAAGCUAUGCACAAGGCAGCGCGAUAAGGAGAUGAUGCUGCAGUUGAUCGAAGAGCCAGUGACUCUACAGCUCUUCCGAGACCUGUUCACGAUCUUCUAUGAGCCGCUUGUGCGAGUUUACAAGUCCGCAAACGUGUACAACAGCGUUACAGACUUUGCUGUGUUUAUCGACGAUAUGAUUCAGGUCGUCGAGAAGUGCAGAGAGCAGGACGCUUCAGCAGAUCCUAACCAGACAGUACAGGCCUUCAUUGAUCUGUGCCAGCGUCAUGAACACAACUUUUACAAGUUUGUACACGAAGUUCACACACAUGAUAACGGUCUCUUUACUCAGCUCAUGGGCUGGAUUGAGGGUAUCCUUGAGUUCUUGCGCAAGGGUCCAAAGAAUGGAACCCUCAAUGUCAAUGCAUUGUUUGAGGGUGGCGUUAGUGCCGGAGUUUUAGAUAAGGAGAAGGCGAUGGCAGAGAUUAACUCGCUCAUUGCAUGGCAAGAAGCCAGAAAGAAGUGGCACAACGAUAAGACACGACAAAAGAUGGCAGCAGAGGGACAUGCUGGAAACGAUUUGAUGCCAGCAGGUAUGAAUUUCAACUCUGCCGACUUUGGGUUGGACAGCGAAGAUCUUGAAGACAUGGCAUACGACGACGGAUCCGAAGACGAGGCAGAGGCACAGGAGGAAGAUGAGAUGGAUCCUAUCGAGGCUGAAAGGCGACGCAGGGCGAAGCGACAGGAUCGCUUGCGCCGAAGCGCCGGAGAACCGGCCAAGCCUCCUGUGGGAGAAGUGCACAAGUUGACUGAGAACUUCUUGAUUAUGCUGCGACAAGUUCUGUCCAACUAG